AUCCAAAUCCUAGCCAAGCCAAGUGGCCUAAUCACUGAACUCCUCCGGCGACAUACUACUCUCAGCCACCACCGCCACCGCCACCACUACCGCUUCUGGAAAGCACGAGAAGGAAAGUCACAUCCAGUUUUGAACAAAAUCACCAUAGUCACACUCGGAGAUAUUGAUCAGCCUACAUAAUGGACUUCGACAUGCCGACGGAUCUGAUCAAUCAAUCUCAGAUCGGGUUCCGAGAACUCGCCGGACUAUCAUCCUUCAACCCGAGCGACACAAACCUACCGUCUCCCCCGACCGUUGAGGCGUCUAUAUCCACCUUAGACCCGUCUCCGCCGUACCUGAGAUGCAAAUAUUGUCAGGGGAAGCUCCUGAGAGGCUUACAGUCACUGAUUUGCAUAUACUGUGGAGAACACCAGAAGAAGGACCUCCAUCCUGACCCUAUCCCCUUCAAUUCAACCAAUGGCUAUAGCUGGCUACUUCAAUCCUUGAACUUACACGGAUCGGAAAGAGUUGGAUCUUUGGCUGAAGGAAAUGGAGUACAUGGAGGCCACAGUCCUGCAGAAGAUAUAGUUACUUUAUCUGAGCUUCUAGAUAUGCAGAUUUCAUGGCGUGAUGAGCCUAAAAAACCAGAUAAUAGUUUCAACAACAAGGCCUCUGAUCUUACCAGUCCUCUAAAUCUUGGCACAACCAACUUAGACAACUUUUUCACAGAGCGAAUUACCUCUGAUGCAUCAGAAGAACAACAAGUUUCCAGCAAACAAAAUCAAAAUCAGGCUUUUGAGACAUCUUUCCCUUCCUCCAUUGAUGUGAAUGAUGAUGCUUCAUCGGAUUGGAAUGCAGAAUUCCAGUUUGCAGAUUCGAAAGUGGAGAAUGAGAAUCCAAAACCAGUUGACCCUUUUAUAGUUCCUGAAGCCGAUCUAUCUGCCCACAUGGAUGCAGUUUUUGGACAGAUGGAAGUGACAAAUAACAUAAAACCGAAUGAAGAUAAAGAUUGGAUUCAAGAUGAUCUAUUCGCCAACAUGGGUCCCACAACUUUUCAACAAGCUGAGCAAUUGGAUUCAGUUGUUGAACCAAAAGAUGAGUUCCCUGGUCAUCUAAAUGAUCCAUCUUCAAAAGAUGUUGAUCAAGACUGGUUUAGUGAUAAUAACUGGCAAAAAAGUAGUGUGAACAAUUCACAGGAUAAGCCAAAUGAUUCAUUUACAGAAAGUGUUUCUGUAGAUUGGUUUGAAAAUGCUAAUUGGCAGAAUAGCAGUGGUUUCAAAAAAGGCGAUUUUAAUCCACAGAUUAAUGAAUCGAAUGUUGCUCCUCAGAUUUCUAGUGAGAAUAAAAGUUCAGAUGUUGAUAAUAUAAAGAAACAAGAUUUAGACACUUCUACUGAUUGGUUUCAAGAAAGUCAAUGGUCAACUGGUCCUUCUAGUGCCACCAAUAUAGUCAACACCAAAGAAGAUGAUGACUUUGAUGAUUGGAAUGAUUUCACAAGCUCAACUCCUAAUCAAGAUUCUUUCCAAGAUUCAUAUAAACAAAGUAGUAAUCAAGAUUCUUUCCCAGAUUCAUGGAAACAAAGUAGCGAAAAGAUCCCAGAAUUAGAUUUCUUUUCAGAAUCAUCUACAACAAACAGGAAUGUGAAUGGGGAAGGUGGAAAUAAUACUCCAAAUGCAACCAACACAAGUCCUGAAAAUGAAGUACAAAUGUUGUUGUCACAAAUGCAUGAUUUGUCUUUCAUGCUUAAAAGUGAGCUUUCAAUUCCCUCAAAGACAGAUGAUCGUGGCCCUUCUCAUGGCUAAGAGGAUCUUCAUCUGAAAAAGGUGAGAUGCAUUUGUACAAUUGAAAUUGGUUUAAAUUGCUUGUAAUAGCAACCAAUUUUCCAAUUUUUUUUUUUCAUUUUAGGCAACCGACUAAUGAAUGACAAGAGUAUAGUGGCUAGUUUUUUAUGCCAAUUCUUUAUUGUGUUGCAAUCUAAAUUAGAAAAAAUUUCAGUUGGUUGCUAGAAAUGGAAAAAUGUGGAAAGUUGGUUGGUAUUACAGGUAAUUUAUUUACUGUUUGAGAUUUGGCAAUUGGCAUUAGGUGUUUUAGACCACUUAUGUAUGGUUGAAUGGAAGUAUGAAUCAAUCCUCUUGUUGUAGUAAUUGUAUAACUUUUGAGUUGGAUUAUAGAGAAAGAAAAAUACUGUAAAUAGAUAGCGGAAGAUGAUUGUGAGUUGUGAGUUGUGAGUUGUGAGAUCCAGUGUUUGUUGGAAAGUUGCAUUUUUAUUACGAAUCUUCUUGUUCCUUUUUGGAUUCAAUUGUUUUGGUUACUUUACUUAGUU